CGACAACCUAUUUUCAAAAAAAAAAAAAAAAAGGCAUUUGUUGUGCGAUAGCUUAGGUGGCAGGCUUUCUUUACCGCAAAAUUCUGUCGAGAGAAUGACGUCGAUUUCGUUGCGCCGUCGUCUCCACUGCAUCAAUGGGGCGUCAAGGAGUCGAGUCUUGGGAUCACGGAACAAGCAUAAGGGAAGAACUGCGAUAAAAAAGCUGAAGGCCAACUUCAGAAGGUUGAAGGCAGAGAUGCAAGAGAUUAGCAAGGAUCAACAAAACAUCAAAGAAGGCCAGAAACAAGUGAGAGAAAAAUUGGAAGCAAUUGAAGCCGAAUGUGCACAACUCAGGAAUGAAACUGAUCUCAUGAUCCGACAGAGCGCUGCCAGCAAACUUAAUCUCUGUCUCAUGUUUAAGAUCCUCAAGGCUCGUGAAGAAGGCGAUUUCGCUAAGGCCACUCAGCUUGCUCAAUUGCUUCGUACAAUAUUGGCAAGGCAGAACGAGCAAAGGCAGGGAUCGAUGUAAAUGACAAAUGCUCUUCCAAGUAUGUCCGCCAGUGAGUGCAGAGUUAUGUUUUUUCUUUCUUUGUCUAUCUGUCUUGAUUUCAUGUUUAAGGGUUUUGAUGAAGGGCAAACCUACAUUUCGUAAUAUGUAAAUUUCAAGUUUUACAUAAAAACUCCAUUUUGUAUUCCAUGUUGUAUGGUUUUCUCCUCGAAGCACGAAGGAGAUUAAGUGUGUGUUUGGUACAAUUUGUUAAAAGGGCUUCGUAAGUGUAGAAGCACAAGCCACAUCCAACACUAUUUU